AGCUCCUGGGCUAAUAUAAAAAAGGGAUGCUUCUUCCAUCGCCACUGGUGCACACUGCUCAGCCUUGACUGGAUCACCUGAACCAUGCACUGCCUCAGACUCAGCUCAGCACUGUUGCUGGUAGCAACAUGUUCCCUCAUCACAGCAGAGCGCGCAACCACCUGUGAAAACAGUGGGAACGUCCAUCUCCUAAACUGUGUGUCAGGCGUGAUCAGCGUGGAUGAGGGCUUUUACGGCCGCGCAGACGGAGAAACCUGCAAAGAAGGCCGACCACCGGUGCAGCUCACUAACACCGCGUGCUCUCAGACUGCCGCUGACGACAUCCUCAAGACAAGAUGCAAUGGCAAGAAAAGGUGUGAAAUCAACAUAGAUGAUUUCCGUGCCAUUUCCGAUCCCUGCCCAAACAUCUUUAAAUAUGUGGAGUCCAAAUUCACCUGCUUACCAGCGAUCAGUAUCUUGGCAUGUGAGGGCUCUUUGGCUCAUUUGUCUUGUGAUUUAGGACAAGUGAUAUUUGUCUACGGGGCCGACUAUGGACGCCGUGACCGGACCACGUGCUCCUACAAAAGACCUACCAAUCAGCUCCAAAACAUGGAAUGCUUAAGCUCGACUACAGUGGUGGCGAACAGUUGCAACGGGCAAAACAGCUGCACCAUCAGAGCGAACAACGAGGUGUUUGGAGACCCCUGUGUGGGCACCUACAAGUACCUGGAAGUUGCUUACACCUGUCAAUUCCGUCUUUGCAACAGACUCAUCCAGUAUACGCCGCAGGAACUGACUGAUGCCAGGCUUCACCUAAACAAUCAAGUUCUGCUGGCUUCCACCCAGACCUACAACGUCCUGCCAGAGAUACCCAGGCUGCGAAGGAGGAAACCACACCGAUCUCCGCGACCAUCCAUCCUGCUCCUCACCACGAGAUCUCUUGCCAUCAAAAUGGACGAGUUACGAUCGCAGCUCGCCUACAACGGCACCAACCAUCUGAAGGAGAUUGCAGGCCCUGACCAACUACAGAGGGCAGAGUCCAUCCCCCAAUACCCAACCAACAGCAGUAUAUCCCUGGUAGAGGACUUAAACCCCUUCUUUGAGGUGAGGCAGACUCUGACAGCAGUAAACCCCCGAAAAGCUCCUGGACCGGAUGACAUCCCAGGGUCUGUGAUCAAGGCGUGUGCUGACCUUUCCUGGUCUUUUAACAUCAAGGCCCUGGUGAAGAAGGCCCAGCACCGUCUGCACUCCCUCCGUAUCCUCAGGAAAAACAAACUGUACCAAAAGCUGCUGCUGGCCUUUUUCUUCUGCUCUGUGGAGAUGCUGAUAGCAACAUGUUCCCUCAUCACAGCAGAGCGCGCAACCACCUGUGAAAACAGUGGGAACGUCCAUCUCCUAAACUGUGUGUCAGGCGUGAUCAGCGUGGAUGAGGGCUUGUACGGCCGCGCAGACCGAGAAACCUGCAGAGAAGGCCGACCACCGGUGCAGCUCGCUAACACCGCGUGCUCUCAGACUGGCGCUGACGACGUCCUCAGGGAAAGAUGCAAUGGCAAGAAAAGGUGUGAACUCAACAUAGAUGUUUUCCGUGCCAUUUCCGAUCCCUGCCCAAACAUCUUUAAAUAUGUGGAGUCCAACUUCACCUGCUUCCCAGCGAUCAGUAUCUUGGCAUGUGAGGGCUCUUUGGCUCAUUUGUCUUGUGAUGUAGGACAAGUGAUAUUUGUCUACGGGGCCGACUAUGGACGCCGUGACCGCACCACGUGCUCCUACAAAAGACCUACCAAUCAGCUCCAAAACGUGGAAUGCUUAAGCCCGACUCCACUGGUGGCGAGCAGUUGCAACGGGCAAAACAGCUGCACCAUCAGAGCAAGCAACGGGGUGUUUGGAGACCCCUGUGUGGGCACCUACAAGUACCUGGAGGUUGCUUACACCUGUGAAUUUCCUGUGUUCGGACCAGCAAAUGCCAAGUAA